UUUCUACACGGACAAACUCGACAACGCACCACCGGAAAUAUAAUGACUUUGCAUUUUCUUGUACACAACAGUUGGCGGAAAUUCUUUAAAGGAACCGCGCAUUAGUUUUACGUCAUAAAAAGACGUAAAAUGGCCGAAUCCAGAAGUCUCUAACAAAGACUUUCUUCCUUGGAAGUUCCGAUCUUUCCUGUGAAAGAGUAGACCGACGAUCACUGUAACUGGUCGACCAUGUUGUCUUUCUUGGGUUUGCGUAAAGACUCAAAGAAGCAAACGGAGAAGGAAGCUGAUGGCGGCUUUGUUAUCAUUGGAGAAACCGUGGAAGAGCAGAGGAGGAAGAUGCAGUCAAUGAAAAUCACACAACCUUCCACAAAUGUCAUCGUCCUGCCACCAAAGUCGUGUCCAGAUCACGUUUCUACGUCCAGCGCCCCCCUGACGUCUGUGUCGUCGGUCGUGGAGGCCGCCUCACCUGUACCGGACCUCCUUGGAGACGUCCCCUUCACUUUGUCCCCAGGAGUCCAAGCCAUGCAGACGGCAUUGUCUUACAUUCCUGAUGUGCUGCUGUCCAAAGACAUGAAUUCCAAACUGGCAUAUUUCCAUUAUGACUUCACUUUAGAAAAGGCCGUUCUUCAAAAUGCAUAAAUCUGACAUCAUUGGGUUGAUUAUCAUAUUUUGAUUGACAUUUUAUUGAUGUUGGAUUCCCUUUAUGGUUCACACAGGAGGACUGGCUUUGAAAUCAUAGUCCAUCUUGCAACGGUGUCAACUUCAGACAUGGUUAAUCUGCAUGUGCAAAAAACACUAAUAUUAUUUUUAUAACAAAUACAAAACUUUACCCCUUACAAAAUAUGAACAGAAAGACACAUUAUAAAUGAUAUUUGUACUUUAACUUUGGACAAAAGAAUGUAGUAUUUGACAAAACUCUACUUUUAUGAUGAGUCACUAUCUUAUGAACACAGCGUGCCUUUACACUGUAAUGUUUGGACAGUUAUUAUUAUUGAUAGGAAUAAAGUUUGGUAAUCAACUGCAA